CGGUUUUUCCGAGAGCACUGGACCGGAAAUUGUCACGACCUCUGGCGGAAGUAAACAAAGCGGUGUCAGUUUAGCUUGGCGUGUGUGAGCCUGUUGACGGCUGUGUUGUGGAUUCUCGCUGAAUAUAGUUGCAGCUGCAGCAGCAAUGUCUUCCUUUCAGUCUCUGAGAGAGUUUGUCAACGAGCGACUGACUGCAGCUGCUGAAGAAAUAUUCAGAGAGUUUGAAAAAACUAUCGUCCAGUAUGAGGAAGAGAUGGAUCGUCAGCGCAAACUGCUGGAUGAAAUCAGAUGGAAAGCACACGCUAAUCCACACAGACCAGGUCUGGAACCUCCACGAGUCUUUGCAGAGGACCAGCCUGUCUGGAACCAGGGGAGGAGCAGCAGCCUACAGGAGCUGCAGGUCAAAGAGGAGCAGGAGGAGCCCUGCAGCAGUCAGGAGAGGUGGCAGCCCAUGCUGAGGCAGGAGGGCAACGUGUACUCUGGAAGAGUUCUCUUUGAGGCAGACUCCCGCUGUGAGCAGCUUCUCUCUCCGAUCCCUUCCGUGACUCAGGAACACCAGGAGGGUGGGGCGUACAUGGAGUUUGAUGGAGACGCAGGGGUGAUGUCAGAGCAGAGAUUAAACAGAAGAGACUACACCAAUGCAGACGGUGCCCUCUUUCCAGAGGGCGACUCAAGUAAUGAAAGUGGCAACAGGGUCUGUAAAUGUAGCAUCUGUGGGAAAAGCUUGAAGGACAAAUACUCUCUGAAGGCCCACAGCAAGAUCCACACGGGAGAAAAGCCCUAUUCCUGCUACAUUUGUGGAAAACGCUUCAGAUACAAACAUGCCUUGAAGGUUCACUUCAGGAUCCACACAGAUGAAAAACCCUUCAGCUGUAGAGUCUGUGGGGAGAAUUUCCGUCAGAGCAGCAACCUAAUCAACCACCUGAAGAGACACCAGGAUCACAUGCUGUUGCCAGGCAGCAAGGCCUUCAAGUGACAGCUGUCAGAGGAAGGUCAAGUCAUGUUUUCACCUUUGUAAAACCAUUUUUUGUAGAUAAACAACAGAAAUAAACUGAACUGACAUCAUA